CAGUCUUAGUGAAACAACUCGCACAACACCUCUGGGCUCUUUUCGUGGCUUCUACGACUGCAUAAGAUACACACAACAUGGUACAUAGAUACACUUGUAUCUUGUCUUAGUUCCGAUCUCUUAGCUUCCGAGUUUCCGCCAAGCCUCGGCACGAGAUGUGUUCGUCAGAUCUUCAUGGUGCGACUCAAAAACGUUCCUGUGACCGAAAAGCAAAUUAGAACUUGAGAGUGACAAAUUGGAAAAAGUUUCCAUUCGUUUGUCCGUCCUUCCCUCCUUCUCUCAAAAGUCAUUGCUAGUGUACAAAAUGUUUCAAGCGACGGAAACAACAAAAAAUAGUGAAUACGGCAGUGAAGUUCACAACUCUCAGAGCAUGACUUAAUCAUCCAAACGUACAAGAAGUCUUGACUUCUGACCACCGCAGGAACUUCUUGCACAGCGAAAUAGUACGUGGUUGGAGGAUUUUCGAUUCCGGGAUGUCCGUCUGACAAACUACCGGUGAACGAUGUCAGAUAUGGGAUUGAGAAAUACCAGUUGAAAGUAAUGGCACCAAAGCCAUCGUCAUGGUGCUCAAGAUAGCCCUUUUCGUAACUGUACUGGGCCUACAGAUUGUCCACGGUGCUCAAAGUUCCUUAUCUUCUUCAUUCAACAACGGAAACCUACAGGAUCAGAAAACAACAUCCGGAUUCCAUGCACUCAUCUCUCACCGUCGAGGUCAUUCAGCAACCCUUUCUCCUUCAAAAUCUCCCUCGUUUAGAGAUGCCAAUGGCCGAUCCAAGUCUACCUUGGGAUCUUUUUCCGAUAUCUUUGGUCUUGCCCGGGGAUCAUCGGACCCAAUCCACUCUGACAAACGCCAGCCUCGAGAAUUGGGCGGUUCCCAUCGUAUUGGAGCUGCCUCUACCGUUCAAAAUACAAAUGUUCGGCCCGAUUCCCUUUUUGUCAGUAGUGGAGAAAUUGUGUGGCCCGAAGGCCCCUCUUCAUCUGACGUCAAGUUCUCUCAAUUUUCUGUCGGAAGGAAAGGAACACAUACAUUCCUAAACGGAAACACAAAUGCCAUUCAUGAUGAUGCUUUGAAAGUGGCCGAUCUGAGCGUUCUCGACGUCCAUCAUCCCCAAUCGCCCUACGGGUUGAUUCAGGAUGUCUUGCCUCGGUCCAAGCUUCCACCACCCAUGGAUCAGGCCAUUGUCGAGGACGCCGCUUUAGGGUUGAAUCCUGAGGAAGUCUGGCUGUCGGAUGGAGAUUUACUGGUUCUCAAAGGUGGGACGACUUCCGCUCAGGAUGGUUUUGACAACCCCUGGGAACCCUUGGAUGACUAUGAAGCGCCUUAUAGAGAACCAGUUCUGGCCCCAGAAAAUGUCCUCGAAACGCACAAAGGUCAGUUCUCUGGGAUAGCCGUGUUUUUGCCAAGUAUUCAAGAAGCUCACUUCAACCACAUGAGGCACAAUAAAAAUCGUCAGCAAGAAGAAAUCAGUGGACGUUCACCAAGAAUUGGUGGAUUUCACAGCUUGCCAACGUACUCAAACACUGGCAAAUUCGCCGUAUCGCAGCCCUUGCCAAGUUCUCCUCGUUUCUCCUCUAAUAGCUUUGUGUUUCCACGUGGACAUCCAGGACCAAGUUCCUCUCAUAGAUCAAUGAUAUCCGGUGGCUCCUCAGUCGCACAGAGCACUGGCUGGAUUCCCUCCUCGCCCUCUUUCAAUUCAUUUUUGAGUGCCUCUUUGUCUUAUCAGCAAGGCACACCAAAGCCCAGCCGUGGUAACCAUCCAUUGAACUUUCAAUUAUUGAGGCAUACGGCUGUUGCAAGUACUUCUUCGCCAAGCUUAAGACACUCUAAUUCUGAUUCCCCCCUGGGGAUUACAAACUCAGCGUCUUCACCCACCACUCGACCCGGAUUUGUCAUUCCAAACCGGAAUCGGAAUACUGCACUGUUUGGAGUGUCCCUUUCCCAAUCUCAACCUCCGUCCUCGUCACAUCAUAUAAGAAGCAUUCUGUAUCAGAACAUUCCCACUGUGACCACAGUGAAUAAUCUCCCCCUCAAAAGAAUCCGCCUCAAACUUGACCAUCAGCCAAAACAUUUGUCUGACGAGGAUCACAAAAUCAAUUCAACCAGCCAUUCUGUGAGAAGCAGUACUAAGCUCUCUAAUUCUGGAGCAGACAACUUCUAUUAUUCUCUAUCAAA